AUGGAAGAAUACUUGCAGCUUUUCAAGAGUGAAACCGAUUUCUACAACCAAAUUGUGCUAGGAAGUCUGUUGCCUGAAAACAUAUGGAGAUCUCUACCUCAUGUUUGCAGGACAUGGUUGAGAAACUAUGUUGCAGGAGUCUUAGUUUACUCCAUUACUGGGUUUUUGUGGUGUUUCUACAUUUACUACCUCAAACGGGAUGUUUAUCUUCGUGGAGAUGCCAUACCUUCAAUGAAGACUAUGGUUUUGCACGUCAAAGCUUCCAUGAGGAGUUUGCCCUGGUUUGCAGCUCUCCCAACAUUUUCAGAGUAUGCAGUCGAAAAUGGGUGGACAAAGUGCUUUUCAAGAAUAAGUGAAGUUGGCUGGUUUGCCUACUUGGUGUACAUCAUGGCAUAUAUUGUUUUUGUGGAGUUCGUAACAUAUUGGAUUCACAGAAAGUUGCAUGACAUAAAACCCUUGUACAGGUAUCUUCAUGCACAGCAUCACAGUUACAACAAGCAGCACAAACUUUCUCCUCUUGCUGGCAUGGCUCUUCAUCCUUUGGACGGUCUAGCUCAGGGAGCACCCCAUACAAUAGCACUCUUCCUAGUGCCAACCCAUUUAACAACCCACCUUACUAUUACAUUCUUCGGGGCCAUAUGGACUGCAAACAUUCAUGACUGCAUUGACGAGAAGCUGUGGCCGAUAAUGGGAGGGGGUUAUCAUAUGAUACAUCAUUUGUCAAACCGCCAUAACUAUGGUCUUUACACGAUAUGGAUGGAUUGGAUGUUCGGAACUCUCUCUCAUCCUAUGUCCGAUGGAACCAAGCCAAACUGAGGAACUUGCCCAGCUUUCUCUCUUGCAUGUGAAUUUCUAUUGCCCAUCUUCCCCUCAUGCUUGUCAACUUUUGUUGUGUGCAUUGACAUGUUGUCUUGAUACUCAUUGUGGCUUGUUUAUAAGAAUUGUGGGGUUGUUUAAAAUUUUCA